CAGGUUCUUGACCAAGCGAGAGCAAAAACUGAUGCAGCGGCGUCAGUAUGCAGAGGAGCUGCUGCAAUGGAAGCAACGUUUAGAUGCAGAAGAAGCAGAGAUACGUCAGAUAGAAAAACAAGCGCUAGCUGCUUGGGAAAAAGAGCUGCAUAAAACAAAAGCAAAUAAAAAAGGAGCAGGAGAUCAGAAAUCUGAUCAAAAAGAGACAGCCAGUGAAGGAGACUCUCCAAUGCCACCUUGUUCUCGUCUAAAUAGUGAAAGCUCAGUCCCAGAAGAAUUGAGCAAUCUAGUUGUUGAGUCCAUUCCAUCAGAGGUUUCUGAGAUUAAAGGCGAGCCUGGAAGCCUAGAUCACACAGUAACUGAAGAAAUAGUUUAUACACAAGAACCAGAAUCUGCUGUUUCUCCUGGAAAACCU